AUGCUUCACCGUGCUUCAUUAUGCGUCCAUUUUGGCGAAAGUUCCGUAAGUUUCCGUUCCUGGGAGGCGGCCUGGACGCACAGCAGUUGCGCUCUAUGGCUGGGUCUGACAUGUUUCGGGCAGUGCAUUGUGCACUCCCUGGCCGACAUCGGGAACGUCUCCGCUGCGGUUCUGCCACGAAGAAACCAAGAUGUACAGUUUUUCUGCGGAUCCGACUGCGAGAACUUCUUGAACCUGAAGCUCGCCGCCGACUGUACCUCUGGCGGGACUGCAGCUGCUGCUUUGCGGAUCAGCCAAGAGGUCGGUGUUCGCUGGGCUCGGUUUGACGCCAGCAGUCUUACAGCAGGCGUGCUGUACAGCGUGUGCCUAAACCGCAUCGACAACGAAACGUUUGAGGACACUGGUCAGACAGUGUUCAUAUCUCCAAUUCAGGAGGUUCAUCCUCAGAUGGUGCAGCCCUCCUCUUCGCAGGAGUUGUCCAUAACUUGUGUACCUGGCUGCACCUCGUCAACAGAGGUUGUGCUGGCACUGGACUGCGCCUCCAUAUCAGGAGCGCCCAGUGCCACACUCACAGGGUUUCGGGCCUUUUGGUCAGUGACUCUGGAUCUAAGCUCUUUGUCCUUCGGCCAAGUGUACAAAGUAUGCGCUGACGUCGACGGUACGGGAGUUUCAACUUUGCCCCUCGCGGAUACCGGUUUGACAAUGAGAACUGGUGGCCCGACUUCUAUCCAAGUGGUUUCCAUCAUGAGUGCUACAAACCAACGUGUGCCGAUUGUUUGCACCGGAUGUACCCACGCAACUGCUGUCUACUUCUUAGACACAGGCUCCAAUUGUGAUACUUCGGAAGCGGCGGGACUACACAUAGGAACCGCACCCACUUCAACUUCUUCAGUGCUGCUCACAGGAGCUGGCACGCACUGGGAUGCCGUGAUUGAUGCAUCAGCAAUGACGACGGGCACAUCCUACAAACUAUGUAUGGAUCUAGAUGGUACGGUCACAGAUUUGGCUUUUGUGGACACCGGCCUGACGGUUCAAAUCACAUCCAUCACAGGGGUUGUUUAA